ACGACAGGAUGGAGGGAGAGAGUCAGGGACAGAACCAAGGAAAGAAAAGAUGGAGGAGGAAUGUUGACAAGAAACACGGGUGCCGAGACAAGGGGCUGGGGGGUGGGUAGCAGGCCCAAGGGCUGGGACGGGAAAUUCAGGAGCAAGGGACAGACUGGGAGCCCAGGGUCCCCAUCAGCAUCUCCUCUCCUCUCCCUCGCUCCCAACCCUCUCUACCCCCACCCCAAGCAGGAUGCAGUUUCCAUGACAACCUGGCUGGCCAGAAAGGGGGGCUGGGGACUGCAGAGGAAAUUUUCCACAUUAGCAGGAAGGGAGGAGGGUAGAAAGCAGGGAAGGAAGGGGCUGGGUACACUGGGGGGCAUGCAGGGCCCUGGAACCCCAAGUCAUCGUGCCCACUGCCCCAGGAUCCUCACACCCACCCCCACCCCCACCCCAGCAAAAUGUACCCUCUCCGCUGGGCCACUGUGGGGAAAGGGGAAGGUUCUGGAGAGGAUCAAGGGUCAAAUGUCCAAAGAUCAGCCACUGCCCAGGCCUUGAGGGGAGGGGGGCAGUGAGCAGCUGACAGAGCUCCGGCCUCACGAAGACCACCAGAUUCAAGGGCAUGGCUCUCGACAGGGUCCCAAGGAGGGUAGGGGUGGUGGGCUACGGCCGCCUUGGACAGUCCCUUGUUUCUCACCUGCUGACUCAGGGACCAGAACUGGGCCUAGAACUUGUUUUUGUCUGGAAUCGUGACCCAGGGCGAAUGGCAGGGAGUGUGCCCUCUUCCCUGCAACUCCAGAACCUCGCUGCUCUUGGGGAGAGGCACCCUGACCUUGUGGUGGAAGUGGCCCAUCCUAAAAUAAUCCAGGAAUCUGGGGCACAGAUCCUGCGCUAUGCCAGUCUCCUGGUGGGGUCCCCCUCAGCCCUGGCUGACCAGGCCACAGAGCAGCAGCUCCUGGAGGCCUCGCACCGCUGGAACCACACUGUGUUUGUGGCCCGGGGGGCCCUGUGGGGCACUGAGGACAUCACCAGAUUGGAUGCAGCUGGGGGCCUCCAGAGUCUUCGCGUCACCAUGGCCACGCACCCAGAUGGCUUCCGGCUCGAGGGACCACUGGCUGCGAUGCCCAGCACUGGGCGUCGCACUGUGCUCUAUGAAGGCCCUGUGCGCGGGCUCUGCUGCUUUGCCCCCCGAAACUCCAACACCAUGGCAGCUGCCGCACUGGCCGCCCCCAGCCUGGGGUUUGAUCGCGUGGUUGGGGUGCUUGUGGCUGAUCUCAGCCUCACAGACAUGCACGUGGUGGACGUGGAGCUGAAUGGACCCCUGGGCCCCACAGGACGAAGGUUUGCUGUGCACACGCACAGAGAGAAUCCUGCCGAGCCAGGCGCUGUCACGGGCUCUGCCACUGUUACCACCUUCUGGCGCAGCCUCCUGGGGUGCUGCCAGCUCCCCUCCAGGCCGGGGAUCCAUCUCUGCUGAGACGCCUCCUUCCCUGUUGGACAUCUUCGUCUCAUUUACGUCCCCCCAUCACCGCCCUGGCCUCGGUUACCCCCAGCCUCCCUCCUGCCUCAGUAAAU